UUGGAAAGGGGAACUAACGAAAUAAAUAACAUAAAAAUGAAUGUUAAAAACGCGCCAAAUAUGUCCCAUCGCGAGAAAUUCGAGUUAAUAAAUUCUGAAGUGCGUUCGUUUUACGAAUAUUGCAAAGAGUCGGGCAUGAGUGACGAAGAGAUGGAUUUGAUAUGCCGCCCUUUGACGAAUGCUGUACGCAAGGCUACAAUUAAACGGUGGACGAGAUUAUUUUUACUGUUGGUGAUGUUCGUGGCGAUUGGUUAUACUGUUAGCCAUACGGACACUUUUCAAUGGCAUGCAACCGCGGUCGCGAGAAUCGCUCUGAUAAAACUGCUGCCCAUAUGGGACUGGACCCCUUUGUAUUACAACAAAUGUCUAAUAGAGAGGUCUCAGCCGCAGAACUUGGAUAAUGAUCUUAUCUCACCUGCGGACUGCGUUACUUGCGAGGCUAUUAAAACCAUAGCUCGCGUGUCGGACACGAGUUACAACGAAGUGUUCAACCACCACCUGUCCAGAGGAGCGCCCGUCAUCGUCACCGACGCGUACUACGACUGGUCUGUCUCCGAGCUCAACCUGACCAGCAUCAUCAGCAACGACAACAGACUACGCGACUCCGUGCCCUGCAGAACCCUCACAAACAUCCGACUGGGUAAACAGCCGAUGGAUUUGGAGGAAAUCGUCUCCAGAAUAACCAACACAGAUAUUCCCAGCUGGUUCGUCCAUUUCCAGAACUGUGACAUCAGGGCGGUGAAAUCCUUCAGAAUUUUGGCGCCGAGACCUUAUUUCCUAUCCCCUCAUAUACCCCCGUCGCAUUUCAAUUGGCUCUUGCUCUCGAAAAAUUACGACACCCAUAGAUUCAAAUACUUAGAACUCGAUACGGGUUUAAUCAUCAUGUCCCAAUUAAAAGGGAUGACUUUUAUUCAGCUGAAACCAAGGUCUCCAUGCGAGGAGAUAUGUUAUACACUCAAUUUCCAGCUCAAUGAAGGGGAGACUUUAGUUUUGGGUAAUUCGUUAUGGGAGAUGGAGUAUAUGCCCGCGACGGGUGACAACGCCGCUAUGAUCACGGAAACCGAUUGGGUCGAGUCAUAAUACAUGUUUAAAGUGUUCA